GAUGUGAUGCGGCGCGCUGUGGUACGGCGAGGUGCGGCGUGCGGUGGUGCGGUAUCGCCGUCUUGUCACCGCUCGCUUGCGUGAUCGUGGCGAGGCGAGCGAGCCGGGAGCGUUUCCGUGUCCAUCGUUGUCCAUCUCAUUGACGCGUGAUAAGGAGGACUCUCGGCUCACACGGAGGUUCGGAGUUCGUCGGACCUGGCGCGCGCGUGAAUCUGUGCGAGAUCGGAUGAAAGAGAGUGAGAGAAGACCGAGUGGGAGGGGUGAGAGGUAGGCGCCGCCGCCGCCUGCAGUUCCUGCCAGUUCCGAUCCGGCGAUGCUCCGUAUAAGCGUGCUGCCCCGUCGUUCGCUCGGCAUCGCGCGGCGUUGAUCGUAAUAAACGGAAUCGUCUCCUCGUUCUCGCAUUUCUAGGAGCGUCCGUCUCCGUUCCAUCACACGCGAGAACACCGAAGUGACAUAGUCUAUCUCGUUGCUAUUGACUGCUUUCUCUCUCUCUCUUUCUCACCUCGCGGUGACAGCCAGGUGCGCGUGCACUCGCAAGACCACGGCCGACAUCGACAGGAUGAACUACGGGGACAUGACGAACGUCGAUCCUGCCAGGAGUUUACGAAGGAUCGCCCGGCACGACGAGCCGGAGUUCAGCAAUGCCAGCAUUCUGAACAGCAUGGAGAAAUUCGUGCGCACCGUGAGCGAGAUGGAGGACACCAUCCUGGUGCCUAGCCGCCUGCUGGACCUAUCCGUAGGUGAUGCAGGCGACACGAUCUGCAUGAAGGGCAAACGCGGCUGUACGGUGAAGGAUACCCUAGCCAACACCGAUCUGUACCGCCUCUACAACAUCAUCAAUCAGAUGAAGAUCGAGCUGCUAUGGUCGCAGGAACCGCAACCUACUGUGGCGGACGAUCAGACGCCGAUCAAAAGCCAUCCAGUCGGUAGUCCGUCCGCCGAGUUGGUGCACCAUCAUCCGAUGGCGUCUGUGAACGGCAGACUUGGCCACGUACGUUGUCCCAGCACCACGUCGAUGCAGAGCGUGCAGAGCGCGUCCUCGAUCGCCUGGACCUCCGACUCGGACUCCGAGAACGGCAUCGAGAUCGACAGCGGCUUGGAAGGUGAGGAGUGCGUGGACCUGGCGAGCAUCGCCGCCGAAAACUUCAAGCGUCAUCUGCGCGGCCUCCACAGCAGCAUCGCCCGUAUGACGGAGGCAGCGGAGUAUCUGACGUUGCGGUACCAAGCCGACGUCGGCGGGCAGGUCUGAUUCGUCGCCAGUAUCACCGUUACUACCGUCAUCACUAUCGUCGUCGCCUGCGCGUCAUCGAUUGUCAUCGUGUCAGUUGACACCCCGAACAGAUCUCACGUCCUUGCCUCGUAAUCGAUCUCGUCGACACUCGCGGUUUCCUGAGUUCAUCGGAAAUUCAGGAAGUCGCAAGGGACUUGAGUGAAUCGCGAAGGGACUUCUCAUCAUUGAGAUAACUCGGUAUCAAUCCAUUAGUUAUUUUACAACUUGUUGCGAUUGAAGUACGCUGUCCAUGCGCUCAGUUUAUGUAAAUGAUAAAGUUACGUUAAUUUCAGACGCACUACAAGACAAUAAAUUGUCGUUGAACAUGUAGAAUUUCGAACAAAAAAAUAAAAAUAAUACUAUCAGUUCUCAAAGAUUAAGAGAAUUGAGAUGAGAUAUCUCGAGAUUCGCAUUAGUUUUGACAUCAUGAGGACAUUAAUAUUUGAUUCUUUUCUGCUUUUAAUGAUGGUUUUCACAUCGGUAGUCGAAUUCACUUAAACGAAAUGAGAAGAAUCUAAAAUCAUGAACGGAUGUGAUUACUUAAAUAUAACGUAAAUCAUUUCUUUGUGAUUAUUGCGCAUGGAGCAUUAUUAUGUUUCUAGUAAUAGAAUUAAAUGUAUGCAUGUGUGUGUCGACUAUGGAAGAGAGAUAUGAAGAUGAUGAUAAAACAAAAAUCUCGUAUGUAAAGACACAUUUUAGCGUGGAAAUUAUGUAGUUUACAUCACUCUUACCUAAAUCACAUCCUAGAUCGCAUUUUCUCAUAUAAUUUUUUUUUUUUUUGAUGAAGCAUCGCGUUGUUAAAAAUAAUUCUUUACUAUUCACACUUUUUAUUUUUGGAUUUAAAGAGUUAAAAUUGAAAUAAAUUUGUUAUUUUAUUUCAUGCUUGCAGAAAAAGUACAAUUUGGAAAUAAUAGAUUUCCUAUCGAUGCAGAAACUGUCAACAAUACAGAAAUUGCUAAAAUAAUUUACUUAAAAAUAAUUCAUAAAGGUUGGUGUUUUAUUGCUCUGUGAAUAUAUAUAUUUAAAUGCUGUCGUAUAUAACAAGUGUUACUAUCUAAAUAAAAUUAAAUGAUAUAUCGAUAUCUCGAGGAUAUAGACUAUAAAAAUAUUGUUAAACAUUUGGACAUCUUUAAAACCUAUUUGUAAAUUAUAUGAAAAAAAAUCAGAGUUGAAAUAAUUCAUGUAUAUAUACUAUCGUUGGAUGUUAUUUUAUAACAUACGCGAUUUAUUGUAACAUAAGUCAUGACUAGUGGUUUGUAAUUGAAGUACCGAAUUACCUCUGAAUUAUUGUAAAUAUUGCUACAUCGAAAGAAGUGCAUUUUGAACCUAGCGGCUGAGUAAGAUUGUACAAACUAUACGUCUUGAAAUUUGUGUAAAGUAGAAGCCGUUGCAGUUUCGUUUUUGCGAGCGAAUUAUUAUUGAAUUGUAUCCGAUACGACGGCGGCGACCGACGUUAGUGAGUGUGUGCGUGUGUGUUUACAUGUAUAUAUACAUACAUAUGUGUAUGUAUAUAUAUGUAUACAUAUAUCUUAGCGCUUUAUGAUUAUUUAUUUCUACGUAAGUUAAUAAAAAUAUCGUUUAAUUUUCAAGUUACGUGAGUUGUGAAUAUAUUCAUUCGCGAUCGUUUUUAAGUCGUAGAUAAAAAAAGAAUGGCACGUUGAUCGGUGCGCAGAUAUUUCGAAACCGAUAGAAUUUGGGACGCUGUUUAGAAUUCAUAUAAUCUAUGAAUUGCAGUGUACAUAGAGCCGGUGAGAUGCUUUCCCGACGCGUUGAUAUCAUUAGAAACCCGAAUGAUUAUUGAUUUUGCGCAUCGGAUUUGUAUAAUUUAUAGUUAAGGAUUUUUUUAAAUUUGUAAAAUAAGUUAUAGAAAUGGACAAAAGAAAAAACACGUGACGGAAGAAAAUCGUUACUGUUACAACGAUUUUCGAGUAACACAAAUUAUUUCUAAUAAAUGGUAUAAUUCUAAAAGGAGAUAAAUCUUUCUAUAUUUAGAUAUACUGUAUAUUCUACCUUACAUUUGUGUUUCGAGUUUAUUUUGUUUUUCUUUUGUAUAUACUUUUAUGUGUAUGUGUAUAUAAAAAUACGUAAAAUAAAUUAUAGAUACGGUGCCAUAUCUGUUGAGGCAUUUAUGUUUCAACGUAAUUUGCAUUCAUAAGCCGCGCAAAAUUGUGAAAAUCUUAAACGUUUAACGUAAUUAAAAAAAAAAAGGAACAGUAAUGGUAAGACGAUGAUUCGCGAAUUUUUACUGCGUCACUGAUUUGAAAUUUUUCGAAAAGCGUGUAUCUUCGUUUUUUUUGUGGAAUAAAAGGAAAGCGUUUCAGAAAAGCCUUUUAAUAGGUUUUCAAAAUAUUUAAGUUUUUCAUGAUUAUGCAAUUGACUCGCUAUGCGUUAAAUAAAUUAAGAAUUAAGUUAUGUUAAGAGUGAUUUUUAUAUUCAUUCCACAUCGUGUGAGAUAUAUUUUUAUGAUUCUCUUAAGAUAUGGUACUUCAGGGAUUUUCAAAUCGUAGCACAUACAUAUAUUGAUAUAUUUGCUAUUAUUUACAUAUCGAUAAUUUAAGUAAAAAAUCAAAGAAUUAUUAGAAAUAAUUAUUUUAAAAGUUUUGCGCAGCUUAAUAAGCGAGGAGAAUCGUCGCAUUGGGUAUAAAUUGUGCAAAAUAAUUAAACUAAUGAGUAUUUGAAAGUUCCUGAGGUUGUAUAAAUUAUGAUUGCUUAUGGAUCAUAAUUAAUACAUGUGCAACAUAGUAAUGUAAUUAGAAUACAAGUAUCCAUGUUGCGAUAAUGAUUGACUUUUCAUGUGGAAUAGGGAUCGUUACUCAAAAAAUGGCGUUAAUCUAGAUAUUACUGAUAAUGAAUAUUUGAUACUUGAAGUUAUGCAAAGUGUCUAAUUGGAAUAUAAUAUCAGAUUUUUACUAUUAUUGUUAAACGCAAAGUCAGAAAUUUAAUUAUUACUCUCAAGAUUUUGAGAAAUGUGUGAGAAAUUUAAUUAUUACUCUCUCAAGAUUUUGAGAAAUGUGUGUGGGAGAGAAUCGCUUUAUAAAUCAUUUAAUGUUGAUGCAAAACUUAUAUUCUGAGGGAGUUCUUUUUUGUAUAACUAAAUUCAUUGGGAGCGAUGCAAUUGCAAUCUUUGUGUUAUGCAAGAUGUUUUCUAUAAAAUCAAAAUAUUGCCGCAUACAAUAUUUUGUCCUUUCUUCGUUUUGUACUCUACAUGAAAUAAUUAAAAAGUGAUUCAAUUAAAUUUUUGCAAAGUGUUUAAUAAUCAUCCUAAUAUGUUAAGAUAUACGAGUGCAUCUAUUAUUUUGGUAUUUUUUAGCUUCAUAUAAAUUAAUUGUAUUGGAAUUAGAUAGUUGGCAACAAAUUGCCUUGAUUUUAUAAUGCGAUAAAUGCAAUGCUGUUAAAGAAGCUUAAUUUCAGCGAAAUACACGCUGGCUUUAGUAGAUGGUACCAACACUGAGGUGUGCAGAUUAAAUGUGUGCACUUUGUGGAUCUUUGAGAUACUUGUAUGGUAUUUAUAAAAUGUCUACGCUCUUGUAUAAUCUGGGAAUAGUAAUAAAUUAAUUACUUACACGCCCAUUA